AUGUCACCUCAAAGAAGUAUACCACUACGAUCAACAGUACCUUAUCAGCAAGGCCGCCAAAAUCACUAUCAUUCCAACAUACCGCCUAACUGCCGAUCUGAAACUUCGAAUCGGAACGUUAAUAAAAAUUAUCAAGAUACUGAGAGUCGUAGUCGAAGAUCUAUUUCACCAGCAAACAAACGUUUUCGCCGCUACUCAAGAAGUCCUAAUAAACAAAAGGAUAAAGAAAUCGCUCUUUUAACAACUACAGUACAAAGUCUAAUUAAUGAAGUAAGAAUAUUAAAAGCCGAUAAAUCAACUACACCGAAAGAUCACGAUAAUAAUGAAAAAGAAGUAGUUCCAAGUGGUAGUGGUAGCGGUAGCAAUAAUGGAGAUGAAAGAAAUACCAGAAGUAGCACUGAAGAUGACAUCAAUGGAAAUUAUGAUGAAUUAUAUGACGAUUAUGAUGAAUCCCAGAACGAAAUCAACAAUAAUAAUGAAGAACAUGACAAUUUCAGCAAUGCAAAUGAUAUUUCCA